UGGUCUCGGGACAGAGCUCUGCUUCGAGCGCAUCGCCGGCAUAGCUCAAGCUGGACGCUGCAGCUACAAAAGGUAGUAUGUGAAGGCAUACGAGGACCAUUGCGUUCGUCGGGCUGUCCUCUGAUCUCAAUUGGCACCAUGAAGCUUCAGUCACUCUCUGUCCUUACCUCUGCCGCUCUGGCGAGCGCGAGUUGGACCAAGAACCUCAAUUACAGGUCACCUUCUGAGCAUCACCCAGGGCUGGGCAUAGCUAUUCACAAGGUUGUCAAGCGCAAUGUCCCUACUAUGCCAUGGAACCCGUCUCACUUGAACUUUACUCACGGUGUUGCGUCCGGCGACCCAUUUCCGGACUCAGUGAUCCUUUGGACUCGUGUUGGGCCAGUCCAAGACAACGACCAUUCCAACCUCACUGUCAGCGGAUAUGUUCCGCUAUACAGCCACGAGACGGAAAAAUAUGUCAAGGUCUCGACAGCACCUGUAUGCGUUGAGUACAGGGUUUCCACCGACAAGAGCUUCGAGGACGUUGCAGACCACGGGGAAGCUUAUACUAGCUCAGACGUUGACUUUACGGUCAAGGUCGAAGCGUCGAAUCUACAGCCCUUUACUACGUACUACUACCAAUUUAAUGUCUGCAAUUCGAAUGUCACCAGCCCGGUCGGCCGCACCAAGACGACACCAAACAAGGACGACCACGUCACGGACGUAAAGCUGGCAAUCUAUUCCUGCUCCAACUUCCCUUUCGGCUUCUUCAAUGCCUACGGCAAUCCUGUCCGCAAGGACUCUGUUGACUAUGUGGUCCAUCUUGGAGACUAUAUCUAUGAGUACGCUGAGGGCGAGUACGGCUAUGGCUACUCCAUCGGUCGCAUCCCACAGCCUGAUCGCCAGUUAUACACCCUGCAUGACUAUCGCCGCCGUAUUGCCAACUACCGUGAAGACCACGACCUGCUUGCGUCCCACCAACAGUUUGCUUGGAUCCCUGUUUGGGACGACCAUGAAGUUGCAGAUAAUACAUAUCGCGACGGCUCGUCCACGCUGAACAACACCGAACAGUCUUUUGUCAUGGACGGCGGCGUAUCCGUUGACCAACGCAAGAUGAAUGCUGUGCGUGCCUACUUUGAGUGGAUGCCUAUCCGCCAAGUCGACAUGGAUGACAACCUUCGUAUUUGGCGCUCUUUUGCUAUCGGUGACUUGAUCGACCUGAUCAUGCUCGAUACACGCCAGUAUGACCGCUCCAUCACCGAUCUGUACUUCAACACAGACUAUAUCCAUACCAUCUCCAACGACGCGAGCCGCUCACUGAUGGGAAGCCGUCAGGAGCACUGGUUCUACAAUCAACUCACGUCGUCUGCCGAGCGUGGUGCAACGUGGCGCGUUGUUGGUAGUCAAAUCGUCUUCUCACGCUUGAACGAGAGCGUGGUCUUUGGUGAAGACAGUCCACUAAACUAUGACGCUUGGGACGGCUACCAAUCGAAUAAGAACCGUACCUUGGCGACCUUGUACGACAACAACAUCGGCAACAACAUCUUCCUUGCUGGUGACAGCCAUGCAAGUUGGGUCAGUGACUUGACAUGGCUAGAGCACGCAGAUUACAAUCCAGUCACCGGUUCAGGCUCCCUUGGCGUUGAGUUUGCAGGUAGCGCUGUGAGCAGUCCGUGUCCGUAUGGCGCAAACAUAACGAUCGACCGUGCAAACAAUUACACCAACACACUAGUAUCAGACACCACUUCUUUACAAUGGAACGACCUAUACUACCGUGGCUACUACGAGCUGCACUUCACGCAUGCCCAGGUUGAGGCUAGAUACUUCGGUCUUCCAACCGUGGUCACCCGAAACAACUGGGAAAUCCCGAUCGCCAACUUCACCGUGGCCGCAGGUGACAAUCGGCUGCAACGACCGGUUGGAAAUGGGGUGGUGGAAAGUGGAACGAUCAAGUAUGGAAAGACAACGCAGACGAAUUUGACGGUCGAUACUGGGAACAACACAUGGUUCGUCAGUCAUGAAAAUAUGGAGGUGAUUUAAAGACAGGAAAUGAAAUGAAAUUAAAUUUAAGACAGGGGUAUGGAAUAUAGCGUGAAAUGUUUUCUUUUAUGCGAAUAC